AGCAUCCUGUUCCGCAGGUAUUUUUUUUCGAACUGGUCUCUUUGUAGUUGCACGCAUUGGACGAGGUAGGAAGCAAGAGAAGCGGUCCAAGAAGCAAUGGCAACAAUAGAACAGCACUGACUGCCAUAUAGUACAACGGAUGUAAUAAUUUCAAACAAGCCGAAAACCUAGACAAAAACCAUGCCGGAAGACGCGGAGGGCCUCGGGAAUUACAAGGGCGUUAUGCUCUGCAACCGCCCUGGCGCAGAACAGGUUGCCGAAUCCAGUUCAAAACCCUUUGUUCCCGUCGGCCAUCACGAGCCCGUCGGCGUCCCACCCCCGUACAACAAGGGCGCAACCAUCGUAGACAGGCAGUGGGCGAGUUCGCCGAGAGCAGCCAAGCCGAAAAACAAGAUAUACGAGAACCAUAAAGAUUGGUUGAAAAGUUUAGAGAAGCGUGGAAAAGAGGUGGAGGAGGAAAGGAUAAGUAACGAGCUUAGUGCGGAAGAAAAAAAAGUGCGGUUGAAGGUAACUAAGCACUUCGUAAUGAUUUGUGUUGCAGGAUACACCAUGGAGUAGCUUUUAUCAAGGGAACGCUUGUUGAAACGGGUUGUCAAUGUCAUGUGUCAGCGCAUGUACGGUAUUACAAUGAAUAUAACAUCAAGAACCAGUGCAAAAAAAAAAUCCCAUGUCGUCAACAUGAAUGUUACUAUCACCCAGGCCCUCGCGGAUAAGUACCGAACCGACGUGCGAGCCAUGAUGAACCAAGCAACCGACGAGAAAAAGAAGAGUGCAAAGAAGAGGUCAAUACCACUGUGGGUGAAGGAGCGAUGGGACAAGCGAAUCUGUAUAGCAAAAAUUAAAAUUGCUCUGUGAUAGUGAUUUACGCAUGACAGAGUUCUUCCUGUGCUUUCUUCUUCAAGAUAAGUAAUCUUCUACUAGCGUAAAAAUGCGUAAAUGAAUCAAAUGAUCGUGAUCCUCCACAACAGUUGAGGAAGCAGUGAACCUGACCCGCACCACGCAGCAAACGGAGGGGGAUUCGAAGGACGAACCUGGAAAUAAAGUUCCUCCAAUAGAACCGGCUGAAGACCCGGAGGAGCUACUCGACUUUGCGUCCUCGCUGGAUUUUGAGCAGUUUGUGGACGAUUUGGAAUUUCGGGAAGCGUUGUCCGUCCUGCGCGACCGGGCGAAAAAGCUGGAGCGGGAGGAGAAAUUGUUCCAAAUGAACGUGUAUGCACUGCAAAUCUGUCUGGGUCUGAAAAGAAGGGGACUUGUGAUGCAAAUGUUCCAUCAUAGAACAAAAACCUGUCUUGCAUGAGCAGCAAAAUGUACCAAGGUUUUUGUCACCGGGAGACGGAAACGGAAUUUCUUAUGCAGGAUAGGCAUGGGUGGACUGGGCAAGCCUCCGCGAAAGCUGUGAUGUGAGGGCAUGCAUGACAGGCAUCGCGGGUCAUGUACAACUUGCGUGAGAAACUCCCUCAAUCCUCCAGACUCAGACAUAGUUGCAGUGCAUAACGUGGCCGAAAUGUUGGCAGAGGAGGGCUACACGGGGGAUCGCGCGCCAAACCUGUUUUUCUCCGAGGAGCCCAACGCGGUGCUGAGCAAGGAAGACCGGGUAUCCUCAGCAACAACGUGCCCACCCCAUAGUCAAGAUGGGGAAUCUGCUACAUACAUCAAUAAGCUUUGCCUGUUGCGCAUGACAGCCUCGCAAUCAGAUCUCGCAUUAAUCAUGCUGAUACGAGCAUCACAGAUUAUCUCAAAACAACACUAGAAAAUUCGUCUUAUGGGUCUACUUCGCAUGAGAAGGAUUGUCAUCAUGCAGGUUUGCAUUACAACUCUAGGGUGGGGGCGAUUUUUCACAGGAUGCCGGAGGUUGAUGAAGAUUUUGGCGAAAAAGGAGAAGUUAUCCUCAGCAAAAACGUCUCCACCCCAUAGUCAAGUUGAAAAAUCUGCAAUGCAAGUCUCCAAGUUUUAGGAGUUGCGCAUGACAAGUUUCCAUCUGCAGCGUAGUGCUGGUUAGCAAGGGAGGCCGCGUGAGAAGGUCGCUUUCUCUUCCUGUUCACAGCAUUACAAAUGCCAACACUGGAUUGGAAAUGCCUGUCAUGGAGAUGGGCAUUACAAAUCUUCCUGUCAUGGCGGAUUUGUAUGGCAAUUGUAGGGUGGGGACGUUUUUACACAGGAUAGAAGUACCGGGCCCGCAUGCCCGCCGGGCUGGUGGAGAAGUACUGGGGCGAGGUAGUGCCGGAUGAGGAGCAGGUAUGCAUUGCAAAUUACUUUCUCUGGGUCUACUGGACAUACUGUUGCUGGUAGUUGAAUCGCAGAGGAGGAGCUGCUUGUCCGGCGCAACACCAGCAUGGGAAAAUGUGCGAUUCUUAUUGCAGACUCACUCGUAACCGUAAGCCGCAUGACUAGCUGAUUUAGUAUUUCACGGCAUGACAAAAACAUUGGCCAAUCGCAUUCCAGGCAUCAUAAAUCCUUGUUGUCCUUCUGCUUCAACUCUUGCAUCACAAAUCCAGACCCAGAUCGAUAAUUGCAACGCAUAGGACGAGGAUGAGGUAGAAACGGCCACCGACGUCUCACAGCUUGUGGACGAUGUGAUGCCCAAACUCAAAGCCAUCCACUCCAAGGCCAGCGCAACCAAGGCGGUCACCACCGCGGUUGAGGGCAAGGAGUGAGAAGCUGAAAAAGUGCACCAGGACGACGAGGAGCUGCGAUGCACGGGACCUGCGAGACGAGCUGGCUCAAGCUGUGCAGCUGAUGAAGUGUGUGCACAACUAUCUUGCUUAGCAAGAACCGUUUUAGUAUCCUCGUUUUGAAUCAAUUCAUCAAAUCCAAACGUCUAUUUCCUCAACAUCGUAAUUGAUGUAGUGCGGAAAAAUAACUAAUACACAAAAAACCGUUUUCAUCAUCAAAGCUAUUUGCGAUCAGGUCUGAAUCUGGUUCAGAUCUUGCGAGUACAAGACCCGUUUUCAUCAAGUUUAUUCACCGAUCACACACGACGACAAUGUUGUUUAUCUAACUAAAAAUCUGAACGGAGUCUAUGGCGAAAUGAAUGUUGUAAAUGCAAUUAGAUGGUGGAGAACAAGACGUGCUGCUGUACAAAAAGUGUUUCAAUGGCCACCGCAAAUGAACGCGAAACCAAAUAAAGUACUAGAUCGUGCUGCCAAAAUCAAGCGGAGCAGAAU